AUGGCUCUACAGCCUUUUACAAACGAGCAGCUGAAUUACUUCAAAUUUUCCUCAGUUGUACUUAAUGAGUUCGCCACUGCUUUGCGUCAGACGUUCAAAUCCAUGUGGGACAACAGAUAUGGACAUCGUUCAGGGUAUCAACUGUGGGAUAACUCCAUGGUAGUAAGAAAUUUGUUUCUCGCUGAAGAGGGUGGAAAAACCAAAGUUCCCACACACAUCUCCUAUGAAGAGUGGGAUUGUACCGCUCUGUUCCAGGCCACCAUCUAUGCAAGGUCCUUCGCUAUGCCAGAUAGCAAAGGUCAUUACAAGACACUUGGUGAACUGUACAUAAAGCACCACAAAGUGCCUCUUGGAAAGUUCCAUCCAUCUGUUGCGAGUCCAAGUGGAAAUACAGCCGAAACCUUCGCUCUCGCGAUUGAUCAGCUUCGACUUUUACGAAACUCGCUUUGUCACUCAGACAAGUCAGAGAUUGAUAAACCAACCUUUGACCAAUACGUGCAGCUCGCUAAAGAAGCAUUCAAAGCUCUUGGUAUCAUGACAGAUCCCAUUGAUGCCAUCGGUGGAUUGACAGAGUCUGACUUUCCCACGAAAGAAGUUCGCAAAUUGGAAGAAAGUUUCAGACAGGAGACCAGAUCAUAUAUCGAGUGUCUCGAAGAGGUGCAGUCAGGUGUCGACAAAUUAGUAGCACAGGGGAAUGCUAUAGGGGAAAAAGUAGAUAACCUCGCUUUGAAAAUGAAGAAGGAUCAAGGUAAAACAGGUAUAAACUGAUGAAAAACUGCAUUGUGGCACAGUCUUGUAAGCACUUUCUUGGCAAGGAAAAACAAAAGGGACAGCAGUGUUUUUACUCUGUACUUUGAAGGUAGCAAUAGCUCAACGGAGUAACUUCCAGUUUUUGCAAAAAUGCUUUGUACAUGUCUCAAAAAUCCUUUCUUCUUCCCUAAGAUGAAUUUCUUCUAUGAUCAGAGUAGCACCUUGAACAAUCUGUUUUCUUUUAUUUCAAAACAAUUUGUGCAAGAAAUAAACUGCACCCACUUUAUUUACCGGCAUUGUGACUCUUGUAGGAUGUUGUUAAAAUUAUAACUUCACGGAAAAAGCAGCAAGCUCAUAAUUGACGCUGUAUCCAUAAAACUUGAUUUUCUAGAUUUUUAGUGCGACAGUAAAAUGUACCCUUUUUUUUAAUGAUCAUUAUUUUUUUUUUCUCCUCAAACUACCGACAUUAGCUCUUUCAUGAUUGCAUCAAUUUUUUCCUUUUAAGACUCAAAGCCAUUCCUUCCACCAUCAAAUCUUCCCUCAAGGGUUCCACACUUCACUGGCCGUCAGAGAGAAUGUGAACACAUUAGGCGUCACUUAACUUCCAAAAGUACCCGGAUCGUGUCCCUAUGGGGCUCGCCUGGUUUUGGUAAGACUUCUGUGGCAACUGAAGUCGGACAUCAACUCCAAACUGGUGGACUUCCCGUAUACUUCUUCUCUAUGCGACGACUUCUUUCAAAAGCCGGUCUGACUAUGCAGCUUCUGAGCUUCUUUAAAAGACACUCCACAAAAGAUCAAAUGCCUCAGCGGAUGUCCCUUGAAGACGAACUUUCCCUCUUUCUAAGCAAUAUUUCAGGUGAAUUUGUGAUAAUUCUUGACAAUGCCGAUGACUUGCUCGAAAGUGGAGCACCCAAUGUGAAGGAGGAUUUCAUCAACCUUCUGGAAGUCAUUCUUAGUCAAUUCAAGAAUUUAACAUUUCUUCUUACCACAAGGGAAUCUCUUGAGUUUAUGAAUGUGCAUUUUGAAGGCCAUCAAGCAGUAAGAAUAGGGCCAUUACACGAGUCCUUCUCUCAAACCUUAGUUGGCGGAUUACUCCCAAAAGCGACCGCGUCUGACUGCUCGAAUAUUGCAAAACUCUGCGGGUUCGUACCUUUGGCCAUGAAACUGUUCUGUUCCUCUAUUGCUGAAGAUAAUGCUCAGCCGACUCAAUUUUUAGUUAGCUUCAAGGAAUCUAUAGAAGAUAACCUUUUGGAGCUGUUGGACGAUUCAGAUUAUCCAAGCAAUCUGCGAUUGAAGUUCCUACUUGAAUCCUCUUUUCAGAGACUCUCUCUAUCAGACAAAAAAGCCCUGGUAUCACUUAGUGUUCUUUCUGGAGAUUUUAACCACUCAGUUGCUGCAGCUGUCAUGGGUGUAAAAACAACUCUGGAGGCUAAGAAAAUCUUGCAUAGGCUUCGGAAAAAAUCCUUCCUCGACUCUAGCUUCAAACCUGAGUCAUUUUCGAUGCAUAAGUUGAUUCUGUCAUUUGUAAAGAAAAGAGGUCGAGAUGAAAUGAAAGAGGCCAUGCUGACCUCCAAAGCACGUUUGUCUGCAUUUUACGUCUCUCUUUUCGAGCAGCUAAAUCAACAGUUUUUGACAGGACAAUCCAUGCAAGCAUUUAUUGACUUCUAUGAAGAGAAGCAGAAUAUUAUUCAGAGUCUUAUGGAGAGCUGCUCCGAUCCUAAGACAUGUGACGUUGCAUUUGGUGUCCUGACAAAAGCAGAAAUCUUUCUAGAUUCCCUUUCCUGGUGCGAAGGGAAAAUUAUCGACAAAAUUUACGAUCACGCAACUAAAGAAGCUCAGGCGUUUGGAAAAAGCGUAUUCUACAGUCAGUUACUGGUGUCCUUGGCAUUCACCGAACUGACUUGGGGGAUACAUGGAAGAUCGAUGACGAUGCUCUCUGAAGCCGAAGGCCUUUCGUUGUCGGUAGAUGAUAAAAGAAAAAUCCUGUCUUAUAAAGGCAUCUGUCAACUGGUUUCAGGCAAAAUAGACGACGGAGCUCAGAACUUGCAAGAAGCUCUUUGCUUGAUGAGUGACAGCCCGGAACAGCGAAUUCUCAGCAUAACUGCACUGCAAAUUCUUGUUACUUACUUUCUUUUCAAUAAAAAGAAAGCAACUUCACUAGAGUUUUAUACCAAAGCUUUACAUGAAUGCAGAGCAUUAGGAGACACAGGCCUUCUUGUUAUUCCUCCGGUGAAUAACAAAGAUUUGACAAUGAUCGAAGCAGAUAUGCCGGAACCAGAUGUUAUAACCACUCAACCACUUAGAUUAGAAACUAUUUGCGUUGUUAGCAAAGCAACAGAAAUGUUCUCUUAUUACGAAACAAAGCAAGCAAUAAGCAAAUCUGUGCUAAGGAUGUCAAAUCAAACAAAAACACAGAUCCUCCCACAUUCCAUUGGUUCAUGGACCUUCCAGCGCAACAUCAAUUCGACACUUAAAAAUGUACUGAAUAAUCCCGAGGAGGCAUCAAAGUUGUGCGACACACGGAUCAGUUAUCAUAAAAAGACCUUAAAACAAAGUGGAAAAGUUAACGCAGGAGAUAAAGUUAGACCCAACAAAAAUCUUAAUUUAAAUUUGCAUCAAGAAGAAUUAUAUAAAAGCUAUAUGGACCAAGGCAACACUCUUCUUCUGGUGCAAAACUAUCCUAGAGCCAUUCAGUCCUUUGAAUAUGCCCUUAACAUCGCAAGAGGACUCUUCAAGGAAGAACACCCAGACACAGCCGAAAGUUACUUUUCUAUCGGAGUAACACAACAUGCUUUAGGAAAUUUCUCGUCAGCACUUCAGACCGAUCAGCGUGCUCUUGACAUAAGAGUUAAACUCUUCGGGGAAGAACACCGAGACACAGCCAAAAGUUACUUUUCUAUCGGAGUAGCACAACACGCUUUAGGAAACUUCUCGUCAGCACUUCAGUCCCAUCAGCGUGCUCUUGACAUAAGAGUUAAACUCUUCGGGGAAGAACACCCAGACACAGCCGAAAGUUACUUUUCUAUCGGAGUAACACAACAUGCUUUAGGAAAUUUCUCGUCAGCACUUCAGUCCGAACAGCGUGCUCUUGAUAUAAGAGUUAAACUCUUCGGGGAAGAACACCGAGACACAGCCAAAAGUUACUUUUCUAUCGGAGUAGCACAACACGCUUUAGGAAAUUUCUCGUCAGCACUUCAGUCCCAUCAGCGUGCUCUUGACACAAGAGUUAAACUCUUCGGGGAAGAACACCGAGACACAGCCAAAAGUUACUUUAAUCUCGGAGUAACACAACAUGCUUUAGGAAAUUUCUCGUCAGCACUUCAGUCCAAACAGCGUGCUCUUGACAUAAGAGUUAAACUCUUCGGGGAAGAACACCCAGACACAGCCGAAAGUUACUCUUCUAUCGGAGUAACACAACAUGCUUUAGGAAAUUUCUCGUCAGCACUUCAGUCCAAACAGCGUGCUCUUGACAUAAGAGUUAAACUCUUCGGGGAAGAACACCGAGACACAGCCAAAAGUUACUUUUCUAUCGGAGUAGCACAACACGCUUUAGGAAACUUCCAAACAGCGUGCUCUUGACAUAAGAGUUAAACUCUUCGGGGAAGAACACCGAGACACAGCCAAAAGUUACUUUUCUAUCGGAGUAACACAACACGCUUUAGGAAAUUUCUCGUCAGCACUUCAGUCCCAUCAGCGUGCUCUUGACAUAACAGUUAAACUCUUCGGGGAAGAACACCGAGACACAGCCAAAAGUUACUUUUCUAUCGGAGCAACACAACACGCUUUAGGAAAUUUCUCGUCAGCACUUCAGUCCAAAGAGCGUGCUCUUGACAUAACAGUUAAACUCUUCGGGGAAGAACACCCAGACACAGCCGAAAGUUACUUUUCUAUCGGAGUAACACAACAUGCUUUAGGAAAUUUCUCGUCAGCACUUCAGUCCUAUCAGCGUGCUCUUGACAUAAGAGUUAAACUCUUCGGGGAAGAACACCCAGACACAGCCGAAAGUUACUUUUCUAUCGGAGUAACACAACACGCUUUAGGAAAUUUCUCGUCAGCACUUCAGUCCAAACAGCGUGCUCUUGACAUAACAGUGAAACUCUUCGGGGAAGAACACCCAGACACAGCCAAAAGUUACUUUUCUAUCGGAGUAACACAACAUGCUUUAGGAAAUUUCUCGUCAGCACCUCAGUCCAAACAGCGUGCUCUUGACAUAACAGUUAAACUCUUCGGGGAAGAACACCCAGACACAGCCGAAAGUUACUUUUCUAUCGGAGUAACACAACAUGCUUUAGGAAAUUUCUCGUCAGCACUUCAGUCCUGUCAGCGUGCUCUUGACAUAAGAGUUAAACUCUUCGGGGAAGAACACCCAGACACAGCCGAAAGUUACUUUUCUAUCGGAGUAACACAACAUGCUUUAGGAAAUUUCUCGUCAGCACUUCAGUCCGAUCAGCGUGCUCUUGACAUAAGAGUUAAACUCUUCGGGGAAGAACACCCAGACACAGCCGAAAGUUACUUUUCUAUCGGAGUAACACAACACGCUUUAGGAAAUUUCUCGUCAGCACUUCAGUCCAAACAGCGUGCUCUUGACAUAACAGUUAAACUCUUCGGGGAAGAACACCGAGAUACAGCCAAAAGUUAGUUUAAUCUCGGAGUAGCACAACAUGCUUUAGGAAAUUUCUCGUCAGCACUUCAGUCCAAACAGCGUGCUCUUGACAUAAGAGUUAAACUCUUCGGGGAAGAACACCGAGAUACAGCCAAAAGUUACUUUAAUCUCGGAGUAACACAACAUGCUUUAGGAAAUUUCUCGUCAGCACUUCAGUCCCAUCAGCGUGCUCUUGACAUAAGAGUUAAACUCUUCGGGGAAGAACACCGAGACACAGCCGAAAGUUACUUUUCUAUCGGAGUAACACAACAUGCUUUAGAAAAUUUCUCGUCAGCACUUCAGUCCCAUCAGCGUGCUCUUGACAUAAGAGUUAAACUCUUUGGGGAAGAACACCGAGACACAGCCAAAAGUUACUUUUCUAUCGGAGUAACACAACAUGCUUUAGGAAAUUUCUCGUCAGCACUUCAGUCCGAUCAGCGUGCUCUUGACAUAAGAGUUAAACUCUUCGGGGAAGAACACCCAGACACAGUCAAAAGUUACUUUGCUAUUGGAGUAACACAACAUGCUUUAGGAAAUUUCUCGUCAGCACUUCAGUCCCAUCAGCGUGCUCUUGACAUAAGAGUUAAACUCUUCGGCGAAGAACACCUAGACACAGCCGAAAGUUACUUUUCUAUCGGAGUAACACAACAUGCUUUAGGCAAUUUCUCGUCAGCACUUUAGUUCAAACAGCGUGUUCUUGAUAUAAGAGUUAAACUCUUCGGGGGAGAACACCGAGACAGCCAAAAGUUACUUUAAUCUCGGAGUAACACAACAUGCUUUAGGCAAUUUCUUGUCAGCACUUCAGUCCCAUCAGCGUGCUCUUGACACAAGAGUUAAACUCUUCGGGGAAGAACACCCAGACACAGCCAAAAGUUACUUUAAUCAUGGAGUAACACAACAUGCUUUAGGAAAUUUCUCGUCAGCAGUUCAGUCCAAACAGCGUGCUCUUGACAUAAGAGUUAAACUCUUCAAGGAAGAACACCCAGACACAGCCAAAAGUUCUUUUGUAGGAGUUUGCUAGGAUUAUAGUGAAACUAGCACUCCAACGAUUUUCUUUCCUAAAGGACACCCGCGAAGGUGGGAAGUAACCUUAACAACUCAGUUGAUAAAACCAAAUUAUCUUGCUAUACUCUCCCACUGACGCAGCACCACAGUUUCUUUAGAAACUCACUCCCUUUAAUGAUAAAACCCAGUUGAAGGACUCCUUCCCUUUUAAGCUGUGUAGAAGAGUAAACCCCGGUCACUCUGGGAAGAAAAGGGACUCGGAUUUGCAGAAAAUUAAACGAUUUUGGGAAAAUUUGAAGGAACCAUUUAGUCUUGUUUUUUUUCUUUAGCUAAAAUAAAAGAUUUUUAACUUCACCUCAAUGUUUCUUUUCAGAAACUUCAUUAAAAAACACUUCUUGUCUUAAUCUGAGUUUACUCGAGAUAAAAAUGUCAUUUUUGACGUUUAAGUGACAUGGGAACGAAUUAGUUGAAGAGGUUCGCGUGGCAUCAUGGAAGUUUCGGAUUACUCAUUCGUUUCGCGGGAAAAUUAAGUCAUUCUAGGUCGGUCAGUCUUAUGUUUGACCACUUUCUUUUCUGUAUUUGUUGUAAUUUACAAUCAUUGAUUUUUCUUCCUUAGUACUAGAAGACUGACUGGCUCAUCCUGAAUAAACUUUUCACAUUGAAUUUAUCGUGUGAGUGUUGUCAGAAUGAUAACUUUACAUUAACUCUAGAAUAUGAAAAAACUAAUGAGUCCCUACCUCUCAGAUCCUGUCUCAACCCGUAAAAAUUUUUUCUCAUUUAAAAUUUAAAAAAUGCACCUUAGGUUGAGGACAUGAAAGAUGUGAGAAUGCUUUUUCUUUACAAGCUGCAUCAUCUGCGUGCCAACGAAGAUUUCGACGAGGACUGACAAAGACGGUUUCUCGCCUGCGGUGUUCAGGUCAAGAUUAGAACAAAGUACUCCUGUUACUGAAUGAUUAGUUAAUUGCCUUCGUGUUUUGUUUUCUACGGCGAAAUCUAUGGUAAUGAUGGGUAGCUGUGUUCAUUUCUGUUUACAUAACAUGUUAUUUCUUAUUUCUUUGGUUAAUGCUCCAGAGUUUCGUUGCUGUAGAGUAAUUUCCUUGGCUAACCAAAAGCUAACUUUUGACGAAAUAAUCAUCUGUAUCACGAGGCACGAUGAUUUUUCGCCUAGAAGUGAUCGGGCAGUUUCAGUGCAAACUGCUCCUUUCCUCAGAGAUUGUAAAGGCAGAGGCCGUCGUCGUCGAACCGGUCAAACGAAAAACGAGUGAGUUUAUAGUCAUCUGAUUCAAGUUAAUCUCAAAUAGGGAUCUUAAUAGAGAAAAACCUUCUUUAGUUUAAGUGCGGCAUUGCCAUGCGACCCAUUUCGCACAACACUUGGAUUCGCUACCAUGCAUCGAAUUCAAUAAUAUUUGCGUUUCUUUAAUUAUCUCGUUGCAGUGCUGUUAUCACAAUGAUAUUGCUACUGUUGCUACUUUUAGUUUCUUGAGGGCAGAGGGGAAUUGAUGGCUCGUGGGAUGGAUUUUCGGAAACCUAAGUUAGGAGAAUACCCUUCGAGCUUGUGUUUAUGCCAGUAUCCGCCAGAGGUUCACGCCACAGGAUAUCGGUCAGCUCAGGAAACGGCUUGAACUUUAUCACAAAUGAUGCAUUUCUGUUGUUAAAAUACGACAUAAACUACAAUUGGUAGGAUUUUCAUACGAUAAGAGAAAAAAGCGCAAAUUUAGUCGUGUGGAAAGACAGAGAGAAUGAGUACAUCUCAAGCGCGUGAAAUAAGGAGCUCCCUAUUCUUCGCUUGCGAAAUGUCAGCCGAAAAGAAUGUUGAACAAUCGUCUACGGUGUGGGUACAGGCUACUUAAUCAGCAUCCUCUUUAGCUGAAUUCUUUGGUUAUCUUCCCCUGAUUUAACUCAGUAGUUAUAUAUGUUCGUAACAGGCGUCUUCGAAGCCGGUACGGAGCAUAAGGCCAACGACAUUGAAGAGUAAAAUCUCCUCGAUGUCGACGAUCGAGACACGUCCAUUUUGGCCAUAUACCUACAUCAUUUGGAAAUUAGUGUUUAAAAAUACCUGAUAUAUGUGUAUUACUCUUGUAGCUAUCAUUUGGCGCUCCGGCCACGCAUUACGUCCGUCCUUCUUUCCAGAUUUUUCCUUUCUCCAUCAUAGCUGCCAAUCGUUUUUGGCCGCGCGCUUCAUGGAGACAGUUUUUGAACGCUAAAUCGUACGUACCUAUACAUUCCUUUUAGGUUAGAGAAACCAAUUUGAGCAAAUAAACGACAUAUUAUUCAAAGCCAAAUUUUCUACAAUUUUUUUGACACUUAAUCGACGGCCAUUUUGAAAACGUUCCGAUCCAGGCUACGUGAUGUGAUACACCACACGUCUGUAAGGCAGUGAAAAGGGUAGCCUGAAAAACAGGCUUAAUUUUGGCGAGCGAGUGCUAAGUAUUUUCUGAACGAAAAUUAUGGCCGCCAUCUUUGAUUUUAAUGGUAGCUGAAGGCUUGGGGAGAGAAAGAAAUUUCUACUAUGGGGGCGGUCGACGGUCAAAAAUAAGAAGAAGAAGGGUGGAGGUGGAGAAGUUAAGAUUCUCGCCCUGUCCCCGCCCCCGCCCCCUACCCCCACUGUUUACUCUAACUCCAAAUCAAACAUGGCCGGUCUGAUAAACGACCGCGAGCUUAUAACGUUAGCUCCCACUAAUAAGAAACCUACACUGCAGGCUAUGAAAAGGGUCAUGCUAAGACCUGAAAGUAACAACUUCGCCCUCGCUGUUCAACCGCUACCGAGCGGAAAAAAAAAUGUAUUUGUUCCCAUUUAGAGACUAUGAAGUACGAAGCGAGAAAUAAAACACUUUCCCUAGAAAGGUUGAAUUAUCAAAACGCGACGGAUCGCGUAUCUGUAUUCAGAGCCACGGGUAAAUUGCAUGCCAUACCAAACAGAGGUAAAAAAAAUAGUUAUAUAUAUUAUUUUUUCCUCUUGACCAUGAUCGAGUCUGUUACUUAUAGAAAUAUUUUUUAGUCCAAGCCGAAAAGUAUUAAACUUAAGAUUUUGUCCGGUGUAUAUCACUGUGACCUCAAGCCCAUCGAUUCUGGAGUGAGCGUGACAUAAGUGCAAAGUGUCGUCACGUAUUAUGGGAGAUCUUGAUCUGGUUUCGAGAACGAAACUCUUCUUCUACGCUCCGAAAAUAUACAAGAAUUAUACUUUCUGUAUCUUUUUUUAACGGAGACCAGUGAGCAGCACAAAGAAAGACUACUUGGUGUUGUAACUUUUUCGACGCGUUUUGCCUGAGACUUCUUCAGGGAUGAUUACAAUUAACAUUGAACAGUAUAUAUAACACAUUCGUGUCCGUAAGUAUGACUUCCAGCGGAAGUGAAUAAUAACAGAAACAUGUUGUAAACCGACGUAACAAGAGACGUCUUAUUAUGAGCGCUACACUCAAGCAUUGUUUCUCAUUUGCGACCGGAAAAUAUGAUGAAACAAAUCUUGUCUGUAAUGUUUUUUUUUUUGUUUUUUUUUUAAUUGCAACACGAAGAACACUACUUUACAAAACAAGACGAACACUACUUACAAUACCACCUACAAGACGUUACUUAUUCUACUUACUAUAUAAUACUUCCUUAGACUGCAAUUCUUACCCUACUUUUUACAGUUUUUCGCUUACACAUCUAUGUAUCUAUUAAAUUAUAAUUCAAAAUGGGUUUCCAUUUAGCCUCUAGCAUCUUCCUAUCAUUAAACUUAGCCGCAAUGUGACAUUCAGUUUCAUAUUUUCUUUUAACUAGUUCCUUAUACGAAGGGAAAAAAGGAAGACUAUUAUUCCUACGGCAAUUCCAUAAAUGUAGCUUACCUAAAACGAUUAAGUAAUUAAAUAAAGAACAAUUAGUAUCUGUGACACCAAUUAAAAUAGUCUUUAACUCAAGUUUCCUUUGUUCUUUGGCUAUAGCGAUCCAAUAAGAUUCAAAUUCUUCCCAAAAUGCAUGUGAGUAAACACAGUAAAAGAAUAAGUGAUCAAUUGUUUCCGCACUAGUAUUGCAAAAAAGUGCAAAGAUCGCUUUGUAUUAAACCUAUCUUAGCUAAGCGGGAAUUUGUGAAUAAAAUGUCAUUUAGUAUUUUAAAUUGAAAGCAUUGCACAUAUGUCUCACAGAUACAGGACCUUAUUAAUGAGAAGGCCUUUUUUGUUUCCACAUCAUCAAUAGAAAAUUUAGAUUUCAACUUUGUGAAGCCUCUGGACUCUGUCGCCUUACUGGAUAUAAGCAAACCGUAGAAAUCCCUAGACUUGCUAAGUGCUGGAUCAAAGAUUUUAUCACCGAUUUUAAAUUGCAGUGAUCUGACAUGAUCUUUCUUAAUUUCGUGGCAUCGAAUUCUUAGAUGACUUGGUACUGCGCAGCGAACACCAGUCCAGGUCAGAAAUUUGGAAUCUUUUAAACCAUUACGUUUUGCAAGGUUAAAGGACUCUGUGUUACUCAAAUCAAAUUUUAAGUCGCUUAAAAGAAUAAUAUUUGCGCUAUUAUAAUUAUAAUAGAAUAAAGGUUUGCCGUUUACUCUAAUGUUAUGAUUGUUCCAGAUGAUUGUUUCACGUAGACUUACAAGGUCAAAUUUAGAACGAAAAUCUGACCACCAGUGUAACAUCUCCUUAUAAAAUAUUGGGGAAAUGUUAUAGUCAUUAAUAUUAUAAUCACAAUGAAGAAAAAAUUUUCCACCAAAAGGUUUUAGUAAAUGUAAUAGAUACGCUUUCCAGGGAUAAAAAUUAUCGCUUAGAAAUCUUCCAAUCCAUGAAAGUCGAAGUGACAUAAUUGACGUUGUAAAAUCAGUUACCUUUAGGCCACCAAAUUCAACAUCAUUUAUUACUGCUGUCCUGGCGAUUUUAUCAGGACCCUUCCAAAGAAAAUUAUAUAUAAUUGAUUGAAGGGCCUUUAUGAACUCCAAAGGAGAAAGAAGAAUUGACGAGAUGUAUAAAACUUUAGGAAGUAGUAAACUCUUAAUAAUUGUAACUUUACCAAACAGAGAGAGGCCUCUCCAACUCCACAAGCGUAUCUGAGAUUUAAUUCCUUUGAGCUUAUCGUACAAAAUUCUUUUGCACUGAUUCUUCGUUAUUGUAACUAAAGUGAACCCCUGAAGCUUUUACAGUUUUACGCCAUUUUAAUGCUAGAGGUGUUUCGAUGUUAUUACGGGAAGAGCCAAUCCACAUUGCUUCGGUUUUUGUAUAAUUCACCUUUAGGCCAGAACAUUUUUGGAAUUGAUCAAGUAACUUAAAAAGGUAUUGAGCAGAUCUGAUAUCCGACACAAAAGCUGUUAAAUCAUCUGCAUACUGUACCAUUUUGAAUUCUUUUUCAUCUAUUUUGAUUCCAUCUAUUUCUGAACAUGAGCGAAUAGCGACUGCUAGUAGUUCCAUAGCAAUGAUAAACAAGUAAGGAGAAAGGGGGUCUCCCUGCCUUACACCUCGAUUUAUUUCAAAGCUAGCUGAGAGCGUUCCAUUGUUGAUAAUACAACUUGUUAUGUUACUGUAAAAGGUUUCUAUCCAUCUUGUAAGACUGGAUCCAAAUCCAAAGACUUCUAAGCAUUUGAACAUAAAAUUCCACUCCAGACUAUCAAAAGCUUUCUCAAAAUCUAUAAAAAGUAGCAAUCCAGGGAUUUCAUAAGUUUUCGUGUAAUCCAUUAUAUCUAGAAUUGAUCUUGCGGCUUCCCCUAUGUAGCGACCUGAAACGUACCCAGUUUGAUUGCUAUGAAUGAUUUCGGGUAAAACUUUGACAAUACGGGUCGCUAUAACUUUGGACGCAAUUUUGGCGUCGACGUUAGUCAAGGAUAUUGGCCUCAAUUUUCUAAGUAAGUCCUAUCCUUGUCCUGUUUCUCAAUAAGAGUAAUCACUGCCUGUCUCUGAGAUGGGGACAUUUCCUUCUUCAUAAAAGCUUCAUUAAAUGAAUUAAUCAAAGUAUCACUAAGUAAUGGCCAGAAGGUGUUAUAAAAUUCAAUGGGUAACCCGUCGUUGCCUGGCGUUUUUGCAGUUGGAAAAGUUUUGAGAACGUUCUGGCAUUCUUCCGCAGUUAUUCUACCCUCACAUAUUAUUCUUGAAUCAUGUGAAAUACUGGGUAAAUUUGGACUAUCGAAAAAAAUCGAUGAUUCUGCAUUAUCUAGAUUAACAUUUCUGCUACGAUAUAAGUUCUUAUAAAAUUUGCGUUGUGAAUCCAUAAUCAUAAAGGGGUCAGUAGAAAUUACACCGCUACUGUGCAGCUUUCUUACAUGCUUUUUAACAUGGUUGCGUUUCUCGAGAUUUAAAAAAUAUUUGUUAUUCUUUUCACCGUGUUCGUGCCAUCGAGCUCUUGCGCGUAGUAUAAUCCCUUCUACUUUGUCCUCGUACAGUGCUUCAAGAUCCUGCUUAGAUUUUUCUAGUGCCAGACGCGUAUUGUUACAAGGAUUUGUGUGAAACAUUAGGACUGCCUCCUGAUAACGUUUAUUUAAUUCCUCUUCUUGUUUCCGUCGAGUGGAAGCUAUUUGUUUGGAGAAUAUGAUGGAGUUUGACCUUAUAUUAAACUUGAUCCAAUCCCACAAAAGUCUGGGAUCAUGUAUAUCUUUACCUGCAUCCAGCCAGGUCGGUAAAUUGUUUGUUAUCAUAUGUUUAUAAUUUUCAUUUGCCAAUAGAGAAGCGUUUAGUUUCCAGAAGCCAGUUCCUCUUCCACUUGAUUCGAUUUCUUCAAGUUCUAAAAAAAUAGCGGAAUGGUCUGUUUUGAUCGAGGGUAUGAUAUCGACCUUAGUUACCAAAUCAUGUAAUUUAUCGGAUAUUAGCCAGUAAUCUAGUCGGCAAAAUAUAAAAGGUGAACAACGCCCUCAGGUAAAGCUUUGCAAUGUUGGGUUUUUUAGGCGCCAAAUGUCGUGCAGACUGAAUUCAUUUUGCAAUUCAUCUAUAGAGUUGAUUACAUAUUUUCGAGGAAUCGGUAAACCACCUUUUUUGUCAAGUGUGAUGUCGAGAGGACAAUUAAAAUCUCCACCUAUAAUAAUGUUUUCUUCAUUACCAAAUUCGUCAUUUCUUAAUAAUUUUGAUAAAUUACGAUAAAACUUGACAGCAUCGGCGUCUUUGUUUGGGCCAUAUAUGUUUGCAAUUAUGUAUAUCUCAUUGUUAAUAGCAGCUUUUAAAACAAUAAACCUGCCAUCCGAACUUAUUUCACUUUGUUGAAUAAUAAUGUUCAAACUAUUCUUUAUGAGAAUUGCAACACCUCUAGCAUUUGUACUGCCGUGUGAAAAUAAAAUAGAAGCGCCCCACUCUUUUCGCCACUGAUCCUGUCGUUCUGUUGUGGAAUGAGUUUCUUGUAAAAAUAUUAAAUCGGCUUUUUGCUUUCUACACCAGGAAAAAAUUGCCCUACGUUUAUGAAAGUUGCUUAGGCCUCUAACAUUCAAGGAAAGAAAUUUGAUGCUUUCAGGCUUAGCUUUCGAAUUAUGCAUUCUUAAUGCAAGAAUAAUUAAGUGUUAUCACAUUUAUAAUAGGUGCUAUUUGCUCGGAAAAUGAAUAGAAUAGCAAAACAAAUGUAAAAGUAGUGAGAGAAUAAUUUAAGUUUUGAACAAGAAGUACAACACAGACACAAAACAACAACACACAAAAUAUACAAACAAACGAAAGCGCACUUACCAUCUCGGUUGCUGCACACUUUCGCCGAGAUCUCCAUGGCAAAUGGUUGUAUUAUACUAUGGUAUUAAAAGUGACAAGCAGUUUUGCCUGCGCCGAAAUUGUAAACAAAACUAUAAAUCAUACAGUUCAUUUAGCUAUAAAUACAAUUACGCAGUAUAUAAUGACAACAAAACAGCAACAUAAGGAUUACUCAUGUCUGAUUUUAAAGGACUUGAGACCUUCAGAAUCGAUUUCUUUACACAGUAUCUGCGCGGGAACUGACCAUGGGAUGAACGCGAACUGGACUCCUUCUCUUUCUUUAAGUUGCUUUAAAUGAUCUUUCCGUAGUUUGGCUCUUUCACUUCGAACUGAUUUUGACACGUCGUCGGAUAUGAAUAUCUGACUGUCGCAGAAAGGGUUAUCUUUCAGGGUGUUCGCUGCAGCCUUUAAAAUUCGUCCUUUAUCAGGAUAUCUAAGUAAGUAGACAUGGAUAGGCCUUGACUGCGGAGCGGUAGCGCUCGCAGCCGCUUGGUUGAUCUUCGUACGGUGCGCUCACAUGACUUCAAUAUUAUCGAGGCCCAUGUGCUUACUGAAAAGUUCUUCCUCUAAGAAUUCUUCUACGGAGCUGCAAUCUUUUUCGGCGCCUUCCUUUAAACCCCAUAUAACCACGUUGUUCCUCUUGGACCUGUUCUCUAAGUCUUCAAUUUUUUUGUUCAGGGCGUCUAUCUCUUUGCGGUUCGCCUUCUCUGCAAGAGCGCUUUUAACCUCGGUCACAUCGUGGUCUAAAAGUUUAAAACUAUCUUUCAAUUCGUCGACAUCCUGAGCGGUUUUCUUUUGACUUUUUCCAAACUUUCUAGCUUCAUCAGGAUGGCGUUCAACUUCGACUCUUGUUCAUCUUUAGCGGCGAGCAAUUCGUCCAUCUUCGCAAGUACUGCGUCUAGCUUCGCUUCAGUGUCGGGCAUUUCGGUUCGUUGCUUUGCUUUCGACCUUGUUCGUCUAGCAGACAUUCGCUUGUCACCAAUUAAGAAACUCAAAAGAUUAUAACGCGGUCAUAGUAACCUAUUAAGGAUCAAAAUUUUGAAAGUUUCAUAGAGAGAGCUCGGAGCCGCGUCCGUUCAGCUUGGUGUCAUCACGUGACUCCUCUUGUCUGUAAUGUUACUCGUUUUUUUGAAACGAGUAACAUUGUCUGUAAUGUUACUCGUUUCAAAAGUGUACCACUGUCAGCUGAGUGAACAGUAAAUUACUCACGCUUGUUUAUCGUAAAUAAAACAAGCCGACAGCCUGAGAGAGGAAGCCAUGAAAGCACAUGUCAUGAGACUGCCUAGCACCCAUAGUAUUAAACGCAAUAUCUUGGUUAAGAAAACGAACCGAGUAAGCGACCCAAUCGUGUGACGGAAAUAACAAGCUCGUAAUAAGGUAAUAUUGAAGAAGGUAUUGGCUAUUUCUGUUAAGACUAAGUCAGGGAAUUUUGAAGAGCAGGCGUGUUUGUGAGUCGUCUAUUUUUUUUGUUUUUUUGUUUUUUCAUCUUUCAAGCAACCAGAAGUAAGCGUUAGGUGAGCGCUAUGGAUGAAAAAAAAGUUAUUCCUGCUCUAUCGCGUGUUUUGAGAAAGCAUUGUUCAGGGGGCCAUGUUUAUUUCAAAAAGGAAAUUGAGCAAUGCUGAGUGUAUUGACCAGAUUAAAGGGGAAUUUCCCCUUCUAAGGCGCGUUUGACCAGUAAACAUCACGCCACAUUUCUCGAGAACAAUUAAUUCUUCAUUGCUUAGGCAUUUAGGAUAGUAAGGGUCAGUGUAGAAUUCCUGUGUGGUAUGAAUAGGUAGUCAUAACACAACCACUCUCCGGAUAAAUUUCGAGUUGCAUUCUCGCAGUUCGUCCAAUAAUCAUUCAGAUAAUCAGUUUGUGCGUCUGCCAUCAUGAUAUUUCUCGCUCUAACUUGAAAUUCGAGGUAGGUGAGUAACAGUUUUCUUCAACUACACCUUGAGUUGUUCAUUAUCGCCACUGUGUGUUUGUCGACGAAUCCGGUGACAACUUUUGGACGGCCAGAAGUCACGGUAAAGCGCAGUAGGGAGAAUCUGAUUUACGCGCAGAUGAUCGCUUUUUGUCGCUUAGGAAUGUAACUUCACGCAAUUGUUCGCCUUUUCAAACAAAUGAAUGCGUAUUUUCGCGUAAUGAACAGCAAAAGGUUUAUUAACGAACGUUUUGAGCCGCUUUUAGCAGAAAUUAAAACGCAAUCUUUUGUACCCUUCAAUUUCCUGUUAUCAUCAGUUGCGCAAUAAUUUGUUUCUUCGUGCUUGUCGUUCAUGCCAUGCAAGUUCGUAAUCCCAUUUAUUUAGGAUAUCUUGUUGGAAGUUAAUACUUUGAAAACUUGAAAGAGUUUUGAAAUUUCAUACACAUGUAAAUCAAAAUAGCGUGAUAUUAUGAUAUCAAACGUGAAAUUAUUUCAAACUGUUUGCUGGCAAAGAAAAGUUUGUAUCAAUAAAGUGGAGUUGAGGUUUGAUAAAAACUAGGUUUUGACACUAAACUAAGCUUAUUGAAGUGAAUUUUUGAAGGACUUUAAUUUCUACGAUGCACAUUCAUCCUAUAGCGUCACAAUCUUCGAUUUCUCGGUUUCCGCAUUUUAAUAAGAUACAAUUGUUUCGCUUGAACCUCGAGGGAGAAAUCUGUUAGUUUUAAUUACAAAGUGCUGAGAAUUGGCAUCCAAACAGAAAGCAGAUUCAAAGCGUACAUCUUUAUUCUAAUUAAAGUAGAGAUGAGUUUUCACCUUUUCUCAAGUCAAUUAAGCUGUGUAGCCACUUUCCGUAAUUAUGCCGUUAUGCGCAAUUGAUAGAGUCAGUGCGCAUGUGCGAUUUAGUAUUUAUUCAAACGCGAAUAACAUGACCAAAGAACUUUUUACCUUUUCCUCUCACAUAUAUCAAUCGCUGUUUAAUUUCACUUAAUAUGUAUCUAUGCUUGAACAAAUUGAAUCUUUCUCAGGAUUUUGGUCGAGGAUAGCUAUCUCCAGAGCUAACGCCGAUUAUGGCUCUACAGCCUUUUACAAACGAACAGCUGAAUUACUUCAAAUUUGCCUCAGUUGUACUCAAUGAGUUCGCCAUUGCUUUGCGUCAGACGUUCAAAUCCAUGUGGGACAACAGAUUUGGACAUCGUCCCGGAUAUCAACUGUGGGAUAACUCCACGGUAGUAAGAAAUUUGUUUCUAGCUGAAGAAGGUGGAAAAAGCAAAGUUCCUACACACAUCUCCUAUGAAGAAUGGGAUUGUACCGCCCUCUUCCAGGCCACCAUCUAUGCAAAGUCCUUCGCUACGCCAGAUAGCAAAGGUCAUUACAAGACACUCAGUGAAAUGUACGUAAGGCACCAUAAAGUACCUCGUGGAAAGUUCCAUCCAUCUGUUGUGAGUCCAAGUAGAAAUGCAGCCGAAACCUUCGCUCUUGCGAUUGAUCAGCUUCGACUUUUACGAAACUCCCUUUGUCACGCAGACAGGUCAGAGAUUGAUAAACCAACCUUUGACCAACACGUGAAGCUUGCUAAAGAAGCAUUCAAAGCUCUUGGAAUCCUAACAGAUCCCAUUGAUGCCAUUGGUGGACUGACAGAGUCUGACUUUCCCACCAAAGAAGUUCGCAAAUUGGAAGAAAGUCUUAGGCAGGAGACCAGAUCAUACAUCGAGUGUCUCGAAGAACUAAGAUCAGGUGUCGAGUGUCUCGAAGAAGUGAAAUCAGGUGUCGAUAAAUUAAUAGCACAGGGGAAUGCGAUAAAAGGAAAAGUUGAUGACCUCGCUUUGUUGAAGGGAGAAAUAGAUGAUUUGAAACUAAACAUGGAUGAAGAUCAAACAGGUAUAAACUGAUUAAAAGCUUUACAGAAUUUUUUGAUUAACAACACUUUAAGAUGCAAUAUGGCGGUCUUAUAACCAUUAGUUUGGCAGGGAGGAACUGAAAAGAAAUAGCAGCGUUUCUGCUCUUUACUCUAGUAACAAUAGUUCAACGGGGCAACUUCCAGUUUUCGCAAAAGUGCUUCGUACAUGUCUUGAAAAUCCUGUCUUCUUCCCUAAGAUGAAUUUAUUCUAUAAUCAGAAUACCACCUUAAACAAUCUGUUAUCUUUUAUUUUAAAACGAUUUGUUUAAGAAGUAAGCCGCAGCCACUAUAUUUACCGGCAUCGUGACUCUUGUGGGAUGUUGUUAAGAUUACAACCUCACGGAAAGAGCAAGAAGCUCAUGAUUAAAGCUGUGUCCCUAAAUCAUGAUUUCCACAUUUUUAAUGGUACAGUAAAAUGUACUAUUUAUUAUCAUUGUUAUUUUUCUCUUCCAACUACCGACAUGAGCUCUUUCAUAAUUGCAUCAAUUUGCUUCUUUUAAGAUUCAAAGCCAUUCCUUCCACCAUCAAAUCUUCCUUCAAAGGUUCCACACUUCACUGGUCGUCAGAGAGAAUGUGAAGACAUCAGCAGUCACUUAACUUCCAAACGUUCCCGGAUCGUGUCGGUAUGGGGCUCGCCUGGUUUUGGUAAGACUUCUGUGGCAACUGAAGUCGGACAUCGACUUCAAACUGGUGGACUUCUCGUAUACUUCUUCUCCAUGAGAGGGCUUCUUUCAAAGGCCGAUCUGACCACGCAGCUUCGGAGCUUCUUUAGAAGACACUCCACAAGAGAUCAAAUUCCUCAGCAGAUGUCCAUAGAAGAAGAACUUUUUCUCUUUCUAAGAGACAUUUCAGGUGAAUUUGUGAUGAUUCUUGACAAUGCCGAUGAAUUACUCGAAAGUGGAGCACCGAAUGUGAAGGAGGAUUUCAUAAACCUUCUGGAAGUCAUUCUUAGUCAAUUCAAGAAUUUAACAUUUCUUCUUACCACAAGGGAAUCUCUCGAGUUUAUGAAUGUGCAUUUUGAAGGCCAUCAAGCAGUAAGAAUAGGGCCAUUACACGAGUCCUUCUCUCAAACCUUAGUCGGCGGAUUACUUCCUAAAGCGACCGCGUCUGACUGCUCGAAAAUUGCGAAAAUCUGCGGGUUCGUACCUUUGGCCAUGAAACUGUUGUGUUCUUCCAUUACUGAAGAUAAUGCUCAGCCGAGUCAAUUUUUAGAUACCUUCAAGGAAUCAAUAGAAAGUAGCCUUUUCGAGCUAUUGGACAAUCCAGAUUAUCCAAGCUAUCUGCGACUAAAGUUCCUAUUUGAAUCCUCUUUUCAGAGACUGUCUUUAUCUGAAAAAGAAGCGCUGGUAUCACUUAGUGUUCUUUCUGGAGAUUUUAACCACUCAGUUGCUACAGCUGUCAUGGGUGUAAAAACAACCCUGGAGGCCAAGAAAAUCUUGCAUAGGCUUCGGAGAAAAUCUUUCCUCGACUCUAGUUCCAAACCUGAGUCAUUUUCGAUCCAUAGGUUGAUUCUGUCGUUUGCAAGAGGAAGAGGUCAAGAUGAAAUGAAAGAAACCAUGCUGAACUCCAAAGCACGUUUGUCUGCAUUUUACGUCUCUCUUUUCGACAAGCUAAAUAAACAGUUUUUGACGGGACAAUCCAUGCAAGCAUUUAUUGAUUUCUAUGAAGAGAAGCAGAAUAUUAUUCAGAGUCUUAUGGAGAGCUGCUCCGAUCCCAAGACAUGUGACGUUUCAUUUGGUGUCCUGACAAAGGCGGAAAUCUUUCUAGAUUCCCUUUUCUGGUGCGAGGGAAAAAUUAUCGACAAAAUUUAUGAUCACGCAACUGAAAAAGCUCAGGCGUUUGGAAAGAGCGUGUUCUACAGUCAGUUACUGUUGUCCUUGGCAUUCACCGAAGUGACUUGGGGGAUACAUGGAAGAUCGAUGACGCUGCUCUCUAAAGCCGAGGUCUUUUCUUUGUCGGUAGAUGAUAAAAGAAAACUCCUUUGUUAUAAAGGCAUCUGUCAACUGGUUUCAGGGAAAAUAGAUGACGGAGCUGAGAACUUACAAAAAGCUCUUUGCUUGGUGAGUGAUAGCCCCGAACUGCGAAUUCUCAGAGUAAUUGCACUGCAAAUUCUUGUUACUUACUUUCUUUUCAAGAAAAAGAAAGCAACUUCUCUGGAGCUUUACACCACAGCCUUACAUGAAUGCAGAGCAUUAGGAGACACAAGUCUCCUUGUUAUUCCUCCAGUGAAUAACAAAGAAUUGAGAAUGAUCGAGGCAGAUAUGCCAAAGGCAGAUGUUACAACCACUCAACCACUUGGAUUAGAAAUGAUAUGCGUUGUUAGCAAAGCGACGGAAAUGUCCUCUGAUUAUGAAACAAAGCAAGCAAUAAGCAAAUCUUUACUAAGGAUGUCAAAUGAAAUAGAUAAACAGAUCCUUCCACAUUCCAUUGGUUCAUGGACCUUCCAGCGCAACGUCAAUUCGACACUUACAAAUGUACUGAAUAAUCCCGAGGAAGCAACAAAGUUGUGGGACACAUGGAUAAAUUAUCAUAAAAUGACCAUAAAACAAAGUGGAAAAGUUAAUGCAGGAGAUAAAGCUAAACCCAACAAACAUCUUGAUUUAAAUUGGCAUCAAGAAGGACUACUAAGAAGCUAUUUGGACCGUGGCUGCGCUAUUCAUCAGAUGCAAAACUAUCCUGGUGCCAUUCAGUCCUUUCAACUUGCCCUCGACAUUGCAAUAGGACUCUUCGGGGAAGAACACCCAGACACAGCUCAAAGUUACUUUUCUCUCGGAGAAACACAAUAUGCCUCAAGCGACUUCUCGUCAGCAGUUACGUCUUUUCAGCAUGCUCUCAAAAUUAGAACUAAACUCUUCGGGAAAGAACAUCCAGAUACAGCUCAGAGUUACUUUUCUCUAGGAGUAACCCAACAUGCCUCAGGCGACUUUUUGUCGGCGCUUCAGUCCAAACAGUGUGCUCUUGACAUAAGAGUUAAACUCCUCGGGGAAGAACACCCAGACACAGCGAAGAGUUACUUGUCUCUCGGAAAAACCCAGCACGCCUCAGGCGACGUUUUGUCAGCCUCCAGUCCAAACAGCGUGCUCUUGACAUUAGAAUUAAACUGUUUGAAGAAGAACACCCAGAGGAAGCUAAGAGUUACUUUGACCUCGGAGUAG